CUGGGAAACGCAAUUAACGGUCGAGAUGAGCGCCCCAACCCUACUAGCUCUCAUUGUAGGACUUGUCACUCUUCCGGUCUACUACAUCUGGUGCAUCGUCUGCAAUUACUCAAUUGCGAAACGUAUCGGUUUGCGCACCGUCAUCGUCCCGGGGAAUCUGACGAGUCCAGUUUGGCUGCUUCUGGGACCACGGCUAGCCGCUCUCGAGCGAUGGCUAACCGGGGGACAAAAUAGACUGUUGCGAUAUGGAUGGCUCGGUUUUGACUUCGAGGAAAAGGCCCGUGUACACCUUGAACUGGGGGAUGCCUUCGUCAUCGUCACACCUGGGAAGAAUUAUGUCUAUCUUGCCGAUUCCGUCGCCAUCAGCCAUGUCUUUCAGACCGAGCGCCGUGGGGACUUUGUGCAACCGCACGAGGCAGUCGACAUGUUGUCUAUUUUCGGACCCAGCAUUUCAACGGCCGAGGGUAUCGACUGGCAGCGUCAUCGUCGCGCUACGGCUGGGAGCUUCAACGAGCUUACCAACAACAUGGUCUGGACUGAAUCUCUCCGCCAGUCUCAUCAGAUCUUGGAGAAUUGUCUGGCUUGUGGAGACAGCGGCACGAACGCGAUUGCGGACAUUGCUCGGCAGUUCGCGUUGAAUGUCCUGAUGCGGGCAAGUUUUGGCAAAGCAUACGACUUUCAGUUUCCACCAGAGUCUCAGGACGCUAUAGAAACUGCUCCAUCUGCCAUUUUCUCGUCUUCGAAGAGGGGCGAAAUCAUGGACUACCGCGAAUCACUGCAGCUCAUCCUCAAGAACUGCAUCUUGAUCGUCGCCCUUGGACCACGAUUCCUAGAGAAAUGGGGUGAUAUCAAUAGCAAACUCUUGCUUCUCGGCCGGGCAACAAGAUCAUUUCGCCAUCAUUUAGAUGCCAUGUACGAGGAGAGUAGACUGCAUGGCAAGGAGCAGGAGCUGCAAGCUAAUUUGAUGGCGUACCUUGUGAGGUCGUCAACUGACGACAAGCUACUGACCCAAGAAGAAGUCAGGGGUAACAUGUUUAUAUAUGCAUUCGCAGGGCAUGAUACAAUGGCUCACGGCCUAGCUUUCACCUUGGUCUUGAUGGCCGCACACCCGGAAGUACAGGACUGGAUUCGCGAAGAAUUGCAAGCACUGUUGUCCGUUGAACGUUCUGAAUGGAGCUACGAGAGCUUCGGUAGGCUGAAAAGAACUCUGUCUGUGCAGUAUGAGACUAUGCGGCUCUUCAAUCCAAUUGCAGGCCUGAUGAAGGGCACCCCGAAGACGAGACCGGCACAGCUUCCCCUCAGUGAUGGCCGCACCGUAACUCUUCCGGCCGACACGCCGCUUUGCCUCAACAUAAAUGGUCUCCACGCGCAUCCGAAGUACUGGGGCUCUGAUGCCGAGCAAUGGCGUCCAUCCAGAUGGAUCACCACCGACGAGAAAGGUGAAGAGCAGUUAAUCGUGCCGGAAAAGGGAACCUUCAUCGCGUGGUCGGACGGCAUGCGAGGAUGCCCGGGAAAGAAGUUUGCCCACGUUGAGCACGUGGCGGCCAUGGCGGCAUUGUUCAGGGACCACAGAGUCUCGCCGGUUCUAGAAGAGGGUGAGACGGCGGAGGCAGCGAAUACGAGGGUUGAGAAUGUUGCCAGGGACGCAGCAGCUGUGCUGAAUGUACAGAUGAAGCAUCCUGAACGGGCGAGGGUUGUUUGGAACAGAGUGUAGCAUGGUUCUCAUGCUCAGAAUCAGUGGAGCGAGAAACUUUUAGUUUGUGUUAGCGAGUGAUGAUUGGAUAUAACUUCAAGGCACUUGGU